CAGGCAGCUGAGACGGCCUGUGCGCGUGCGCAGAGGUGUAACGCUGGAAAGGUACGCUGAGGCUUGGAGGUGGCGGCGCAGCGCUCAGGAGGUGAGUAUUUCCUAAAUGACCUUAUACCCUUUGCCACAUUGGUCCUGGGCCAAGAUGGGCCAAGUCCUUACCCAGAAUUUUUUGAACUGAAAUUGAGAGAAAAUCCCUCUUCAGUAUGGAAGCCAUAAAAUGUAAAACACAGGAGCUGUCAGCAGCCAUGUGUCCUGCCGUACGGAGCCAGCUGGUCUGCUAUGAGAAGGAGGCCGACACCAGAGGCAGCAGAGAACCAUGUGUGCUCAGUACUGCAUCUCCUUUGCUGAUGUUGAAAAAGCUCAUAUCAACAUUCAAGACUCUGUCCACCUCACACCAGUGCUAACAAGCUCCAUUUUGAAUCAAAUAUCGGGGCGCAAUCUUUUCUUCAAAUGUGAACUCUUCCAGAAAACUGGGUCUUUUAAGAUUCGAGGUGCCCUUAAUGCCAUCAGAAGCUUAAUUCCUGACACUUUAGAAGGAAAGCCCAAAGCUGUUGUUACUCACAGCAGCGGAAACCAUGGCCAGGCUCUCACCUAUGCUGCUAAAUUGGAAGGAAUCCCUGCUUACAUUGUGGUGCCCCAAACAGCUCCCAACUGCAAGAAACUGGCAAUCCAAGCCUAUGGAGCAUCUGUAGUAUACAGUGAGCCGAGCGAUGAGUCCAGAGAAAAGGUCACUCAAAGAAUUAUGCAAGAAACAGAAGGCAUCUUGGUCCAUCCCAACCAGGAGCCUGCAGUGAUAGCUGGACAAGGAACAAUUGCCUUGGAAGUGCUGAACCAGGUUCCCUUGGUAGAUGCACUGGUGGUACCAGUAGGGGGAGGAGGAAUGGUUGCUGGGAUAGCUAUUACAAUUAAGGCCCUGAAACCUAGUGUGAAGGUAUACGCUGCUGAACCCUCGAAUGCAGAUGACUGCUACCAGUCUAAACUGAAAGGAGAACUGACUCCCAAUCUUCAUCCUCCAGAAACCAUAGCAGAUGGUGUCAAAUCUAGCAUUGGCUUAAAUACCUGGCCGAUUAUAAGGGACCUUGUGGAUGAGGUCUUCACUGUCACAGAGGAUGAAAUCAAGUAUGCAACCCAGCUGGUGUGGGAAAGAAUGAAACUGCUCAUUGAGCCUACUGCUGGUGUUGGAUUGGCUGCAGUGCUGUCUCAGCAUUUCCAAACAGUCUCUCCAGGAGUAAAAAACAUCUGUAUUGUACUCAGUGGUGGGAAUGUAGACUUAACCUCCCUAAAUUGGGUGAAGCAGGCUGAACGGCCAGCUCCUUACCAGACUGUUUCUGUUUAAAUUCAGGGAAGAGAUAAGAUUGUCUCUAGAUGAAAAUUUUGUUUUCCAUCUUCCUUUUCAAAAUCCUAAUCAUGAAAGUGUAAUAGUGUGAAUUCUGUAGUUAGCAGAGACAUGGACAACUGAAACACAAAGCACAAACUGUCUAGUCACAACCCACAGACUCCAACACUGUAGAGUCUGAGCUGCAGUAGAGACAGAACCUAACUGAAUCUCCAUUACUCCAUGUCUACUUCAGACACUGUUGAAGAGAUGUCACUUUUAACCCAAGGUACUGGUUCUGGUACAUAUGGAUCAUAAGUCCAUUUGGGAAAUACUCGCUUAUAGAGAUUCAUUAAUACAGUAUCCUGAGAUUUUAGCUUCCCAUCAAAACUGCACUUCAUAUGGCCAUGGGUACCUAGAAGAAAAACACAUAAUUGAUCAAAGUAAAGUGGACAUUCUUAAGCAGUGAAUUCACAGCCCAUAAACACAAGAACCCCAGGAUCUUACCUAGAGGCUCUUUGAUGUGUCCCCGGCGGCCCCACUUGGUUCUCAGUUCCACAGGCUUAAACCACAUCACAUCCUCUUAGAAUAGAACACAUAAGACAUAAAGUCAAACAUUUACCUACAUAGCAUCAAGGCCAUUUCCCACCUCUCUCCUUCAUUCACACCUACCUCUGUUGAAGAACAUGUAACGCACUACUGCCAUCUUAGUAAAAAUCUUGAAAGGAUGACCACUUAGAACCACUCUCUUUAUGACCAUCCUGUCAGGAUCCACUGAAAACAGAUGACCUGUAGCAAUGAGGCUGUGCAUUCCUAAGAAAGGAGAGCAGCUGUUACCCACAGGCCAAGUCCUUCAGCUGCUGCUCUCAUCUACCCUGCUGCUUCCCCAAGGCUACAGGAAGACCACUGAAAGAUAUUUCUAACGAACCAGUCCCUCACACCCACUUUACAUAUAUUGUUUAGCAUGUGCUGAAGUGCGCCAACAGGUAACAACUGGUGUAUCACCCUGGGCUUAUACCCAAUUGAGGCUGAAAGUGGUAUUUCAAACAAACACACACCAGUAUUCCUUAAUACAGCAAGACCCAUGUCUAAGUACAGAAGAGUUAUGGUGCUAGUGGAUACUUGAAUGUUCAUUAUUUACAUUCCAGAGUCAACAUACCAUUUCUUCUCUGCUUGAAAAGCAGCACAGAUGCAGGAGGGAAAGUGAUUGGCGCAAACACUGUCACCACUAAGGCCGCAUCAGCAGUCAGGAAUCUUUGAAAUUUAUGUUUAUCGGCUUCCACAGUAAGGGUCCAAAAUAAGUAAAUAGAAAGAAAAAAGGCCUUUUGAGAAACCAUAAGCAACGCAAAGUGUCAAAAACCGCCACCUUCUAAAAUUAUGGUAAUGGAGAUCAAACCAUAUGCACAUUAAGUGCUCUGCCAUAGACCUACAGCACAUUCUCAGUGUUUAAGAUUUGUAUUUUUAUUUAUAUGUAUGUAUCUAAGUGCAGGUGCCUCUAAGUUGACCAAUAUGGAUGCUGGGAAUCCAACCUGGGUCCUCUACAAGCUCCUGUCUGCUUUGUUUUGAAAGGAAUUCGUGUAAUGCAUGCUGGCCUUGAACUGCUGUGUACCUUCUGCCAUCAAGGGCUUAAGUUACCAGUUCCUUUUCUGUUUCUCUAUACUACUAACUCUCGGGCUUUUCCCUGUGUCAGUAAGCAUGGCUUUGAGAUGACUGCUUUUGUGCUAGGUGUAGGACAGUAAACUAGUAGGAAAACUGUUCACCUUACUUUCUCAAAAUAAUAAAAGCUUUUUAAUACAUUCCAUUUAUUUUGGGAAUGUGGGGGCACAUAUGCAUAGAAGUUAAGAGACAGUUCUCUGCUCCGGCAUAGGGGUUAGGGCACUCGCUGAAUGUAGGUCCUUAGGUUCAGUAACUAGUCCAAAUUACUUUAUAUUUCAAUUACUCAGGUCGGUAAGUGUGCCUCUGUAACAGUGCCAGCUUGGCAUAGUGGUGUACCCCCUCCACCUCAGUACUCCCAGCAUUCUGAAGGGUCAAGGCCAGCUUGGGCAACAUAUUAAGACCUAGUCUCUCAAAUAUCAAUAAAUAAAAAUAGUAAAACAAGACAGCCAUAUACAAGUUACUUAAUAACAAGCAAGUAAUAACAGUAAUACUAGGAGGCAAAGGUGCGAAGACCCCAAGUUCACUGCAACAAGAUAUGCUGUUUUCUCAAUAAAACUUUUGUUUACAAAAUGUUCACACAAUGGGCAACAGAUGUAUCCAGAGCACCAGUAAUGCUGUCACCAAGUCAUCUCCUGUCACUGGAAGGCAAAAGCCCCAAGUGAGCAAGCAACACAUAAAGCUACACUCGGAUUAAAAACCUGCCCUGGAACAAAUAGUCACAGCAGAGAAGCCUCAGCACAACCGCUUGCAUCACUGGGAUGCUUCAGACAGGUUCAGACAUUUUGAAUAAAAACAUCAUUGGCUCCUGAGUCAGAGUACUAAAAGUGUUUCUAAUCCCAGAGACUUUCAACCAUCAAGAAGAUGUGGCAAGACUCCAGCAGCUUCUAUGCUUACCUGCUGUGUGCUGAGAGAAUAAAGGUGAAGCUCGGAAGCGCCUGAAUCCACAGUGGAAGAUCAAUUCUUCUUUUGCUUUCACAGGUUCCGUGUUGCCAGGAUUCCGACUCACUACCAUGUUCAAUACUGACAUCUGAGGACCAAAUAAGAAAAAGCUUCACAGUCUAGGCAUACAACAGCCUAACCUGAAAGGCAAAGCGAACACCAGACUCACCCUAAGAACUGACCAUGCUACUUAGACCUCUUUAUCCACCAACUGACAUGGGUGCAUUUAGGCCUCAUAGGUGAUUCCAUGCACAUGUCUAAGCUAGCUAGCUUACUGUUCCACAUCUCAGAUUACAGAACCAUAGUAAAUGUCCUUCACAUCACCUCAUCACCAUAUACCCCUCAUCUCCAUAUACCCCUGAUCACCAUAUACCCUCCCAGCCAGUCAUCCAAGCCUCUUCAAUCGUUAUGCCAGCCUUCCCACUCCCAGUAUACAUGAUUAUAGGCUACCCAGAGAACAGAUCUAUACAUUGGCAUAGACGUUUACUUUAACUGAUAACCCCCUCCUCCCCUGUUUUAAUCUGAAAAAAUACACUUGGAGAAGUCUCAGAACCACACAAACUGCAUCACAAAGAUGCUUCAGACAGGUUCAGACAUCUUGGGCAUAACCAUCAUUGACUUCUCUAUUUUAAUUCUCUAUUUUCAAAAAGGUACGCUCUCUCAUCUCAAUGAGCAAAAUGUUAUACACUUGGGAAAAAUAUGUGCACCUCUCCAUUUUCCACAAAACACAGAUUUACCUUCUGUUCAUAAGGUAGCAAAGAAAAUGCAAUCAAGGGCGCUCCUUGUCUGAAACACUCGACUACUGAGACAGGGACAUCAGAAACAUGAAGUGUGACAUACCAACCAACCUGCCAGGAUCAAGUACAACAUUCACAGGGUUACCCUUAAUGUGCCAAUAAUGAUGAAACUUUUCUCCGGGUAUAUGCUAAGUCUUAAAGAUAAGGCUGACACUCAUGGAUACAUCUACCACCCAGAUUCCAACUUCUCAGCUACUUACGUCCAACCCCUCCUCAUUCCCAAACAAACAGCAUGAUAUCAAACAAAAACAAAUUAGAAGGUGGACAGAAGGCAGGUACCUCAGCUCCUUCAGCUUCUUUUUCCUCAAUCUCUUUAAAGAUUCUUUUUCUAGUAUUAACAAAAUUCUGAAACUGAAAUAUCCGGGCAUAAUCUCUAGGAAGGUUUUCUUUAGGGUCCCAUGGAGAUGUCCGGAAGCUCUUGAGGCCUCUAUAUUUCUGAAAUCUAGAACAUAGAUUUUUUUAAAAGUAAUAGGUUAGAUGAUGCUAUGUAAAACUGAUCUCACUUGCAGCUCUAGUUUUUUCAAAGUACUCUUAUUUAGGGAUAUAACUCAGAGGUAUACUGCUUAUCUAGUAUACACGGGGCUCAGCAUAGCACAACAAAGUCUGGCACUGGGGAUGCUAGGGCAGGAUCAUGUGUUCCACAUCAGACUGAACUACAAAGCAAAGUGUCUCAAGAAACUUAAGGCACCAAAAUGGUCUAAUAAGCUAGAACAGGGCAUGGAAAUAUAUACCUACAUUCCCAGCACUUGAAAAGUAGAGGCAGAGCAUCAAGGCUAGCCUGGUCUAUAUGAAACUCUAUCUUUUACAAAAUCUCCUAAACUAAUAGCUUUAGCAAAAACAAUGUUCUACAACAGCUUCUAACAAGUAUUUCAGAAUCGACCCAGGUUUUUCAAAGGGGAUGAGUACUUAAUAGUGGCUGCCUGGUAUCUGUCAGGGAAUACAGCUCUUCAACCUGCCUUACAUUACAGCCUUAUUUAUGUCAGGCUUGCUUUCCAGAAAAAUCAUCUACAUUUUCUUGCUUUUACUUUUACAAGCUUUCAUUCAAAAUAUACACUUUUACUUCCCCAAAAAAUAUAUUUCUGAGUAUUUACUCCUACAAAGAAUAUUUGCUAAUUAACCUUCAUAUAUCCCUCUGAACAAUUCUUUUUUUUUUUUUUUUCAAGACAGGGUUUCUCUGUAUAGCCCUGGCUGUCCUGGAACUCACUCUGUAGAACAGGCUGGCCUUGAACUCAGAAAUCCACCUGCCUCUGCCUCCCAAGUGCUGGGAUUAAAAGCAUGCGCCACCACCGCCCGGCCCUCUGAACAAUUCUAAACCCUGAUUGUUGCUGCUUCUCAUAUAGUAUGUGAGCCCUUCAAGGACAAGGACAAUGUUUUUCUCCACUUGCUUUCUGCUCACAUAAUUCUAAAACCAUGAAAGUUUUAAAUAAAAGUUGGUUGAAAUCA